CUAUGGAGGCCAGUAGGACAGCUGUGCUCCGGGUGAAGCGGAAGCGCGGUGCGGAGCCAGCCGAGGCGCUCGUCCUUGCCUGUAAGAGGCUGCGGAGCAGUACGGUCGAGUCAGCGACCCAGAGGACGUCCCCUGAGGGUCUGCCGAGAGCUGCGGAGAAUAAUGUCUUCCAGCUGGUGGCCACCGUGCGCUCCCAGAAGGAGCCUGUCCAGCCGCUCGUGCGGGCGGCCCUGCGCCGAUCUGGAGGCAGCCAGCAGCGCAUCCGCCGCAAUCUCCGCGCGUUGGCCCGGGAGAUCCGGCAAGAAGGCCGCUACCGGGUGGUCUCCAGCCACCGAUCCUCGGGGACCCCCUUGGGCUGCCCGGAGUCCGAGGACGCUCCAGAGAACCCAGAAGGCGCCAGCGACGCAGGCUUCCAGCUCUUCGACCUAGUCCACGAGGAGGGGGACCCAGAGGCCACCGCCGCGGGUUCCUUCCAAAUGUCUGACCCAGAUGUGAUCCUCUGCAAUUCCACCGAGUUGAUCCGUGAGCGGUUGACCAUCUCUGAGGAGGGACCAGGGGUCGGGCACCAAGAGGAAGAGAAGGAUGGCGACUAUGUGUAUGACAUCUACUACUUGCAGAUGGCCACUCCAGUGUGGAUUGAGAACAUCCUCUCCGUGCAGCCUUACAGCCAGGAAUGGGAGCUGGUGAAUGAUGACCAACAACCUGAGGAUGUUUAUGAAGAUGAAGAUGACGAGAACAGUGAGAAUAACUGGCGAAAUGAGUAUCCAGAGGAGGACAGCAGUGAUGAAGAGGAAGAUUCCAUAGGCUCUGAUGAAGAUGACGACCUCAGCGAAGAGGAAGGAGGCAGCAGCAGACUCCAGAUGUGGAGCAAAUACCCUUUGGAUGUGCAGAAGGAGUUUGGCUAUGACAGCUCCCUGGAUUCAGACUGAUGACCCUGUAGUAGCCAUGAGGGCUCUGUGACUGCGUCAGCUGCCCUGGUGACAUCCUCAGGGUUUCUAGUUAACGUGUAAGAGAAAAGUAUAUCCAACAGCACCAUCCCUCCACAGUAAAGACUAUGCCAAGGGAAUGAGUUUUUUCUCCUAACAGUUGGGGCCCUUUGCCUCAAUCGGAAGUGACCCCUGAGUCUAAAAAAAUGCUGUAAAAAUGAAGGUUCCUCUAGCUUCAUGAUCCAGGCAUUUUGCCUGGUGAGUAGACAUUUUCCCAUUCUCCUACUCUGAAGCCAGUAAGGGAGGAGGGGCUCUUGACUAUUUCAUCAGCAGUAAGGUUCAGCUUUCCUGUAUUGCCAGGCUACCUGUCUCCAGGAAAGCCUGUUCCUCUUGAUACAGGGAGUCUGAAAGGGCUAUAGUAGGCCCUUUGUAGCAGCACAGACUGAAUAAUAAUGGCCAUAAGAUUAGAAAGAAUCUACCUGAGUGUAGGAGGUUUUAGUUAACAACUGUCUACCUUCCUAUUUCUAGGCUCUGGUAAUGACUGUAAAGACUGCUAUCUUUCUUGGGCAGUGGUGCCAAGGAACAGUGUAUGUAUAAAUGUGAUACUUUCUCUUUAGUAAAGACUGACUUUGAACUUGAGAGCAAGUAAUUCCUUUUAAACCUUUAAAGCCUUCUCAACCCAUCUUAGGUGUUUUCUCACUGUACCCUCCACCCCUCAAAAUAAGGGAGUAAAGUAGGAGAAGUUUCUGAAUUGACCUUUGACACUAAGGACUAAAGGCAAGUGAGGUAAAGGAAACACAUCCUGAACUUGAUUUUCCAUUGAGAAUUGCUCACUAUUCACAGCACUCACCAAAAAUAAACUAUAGAUAAGACCAAUUUGUUACCAGAAUUUGUAUCUUCUGUAAGCAAACUUACUGCACAGCUGCCGUAACUCUGACUUGGCAUUUUUUCUAAUGUAACGCUACCCAAUAGAACUUUCUGCAGUGAUGAAAAUGUUCUAUAUCUGCAUUGUGCGAUUGUAGCCACUAGCCACAUGUGGCUGUUGAGCACUUGAAAUUGAUUAGUGUGAUUGAGGAAUUGAAUUUUUUUAAUUUUAAUUUAACUAGCUACAUGUGGCUAGUAGCUACUGCACUAGACAGUGCAAGACUAGGAAAACAAGACACAAAAUCUUUGAUGAAGGUGCCCCUUUUCCCUGGCAGUUUGUCUCAGACUCACUAUUGUCUAAGGGUGAAUGACAAGUGAGAUGCCUUCUUCCCACCUAUUCCUGUUAAGAUUUCAUAAGCAUUCCUACUCUUCCAUCCCACCUCCACCCAUUCUUUUACUUGAUGUCCAUUUUGUACGUCUUUUUUUUUUUUUGCUUUCACAGAGAGAAAUUUAUUUUCUCACAGUCUAGUAGGCUAAAAGU